GAGGGGGACUCGUUCCCGGCUGCCUCAGCGGCCGGCUCAUGGCGGCGGCGCGGUGACGGGUGAGCAGCGGGCGGCGGGCCUCGGCCGGCACACCCCGCUUGGGAAACCCGCUCCGCGUUCCGAGGGUGCGGGUAGGGAAGGCAUAGAGUUUUAAAUUGAAGAAAAAAUGUCACUUUACGAUGACUUGGGAGUUGAGACCAGCGAUUCCAAAACAGAAGGCUGGUCUAAAAACUUCAAACUACUACAGUCUCAACUGCAGGUGAAGAAGGCAGCUUUGACUCAAGCAAAGAGUCAGAGAACCAAGCAGACAACAGUACUUGCUCCAGUGAUUGACCUGAAGCGAGGGAGUUCUUCUGAUGAAAGACAGAUCGUGGACACACCGCCUCAUGUAGCAGCUGGGUUAAAGGAUCCCGUGCCUAGUGGUUUUUCUGCAGGAGAUGUAUUGAUUCCUCUGGCAGAUGAGUAUGAUCCCAUGUUUCCAAAUGAUUAUGAAAAAGUGGUGAAGCGGCAAAGAGAGGAACGACAGAGGCAGCGUGAGCUGGAGAGGCAAAAGGAAAUAGAAGAGAGAGAAAAACGUAAAGACAGACAUGAAGCCAGUGGGUUUUCAAGAAGACCAGAUCCAGAUUCUGAUGAAGAUGAAGAUUAUGAAAGGGAGAGAAGAAAAAGAAGUAUGGGAGGAGCUGCAAUUGCACCACCUACUUCUCUGGUUGAGAAGGACAAAGAACCUGUAGCAUCGUUCCCAUACGAAGAUGAGUCAAGACCUCGGGCACCAUCUUCCAAAGCAGCCAUUCCUCCUCCAGUGUACGAUGAGCCAGACAGACCUCGUAGCCCCACAGGACCUAGCAACUCAUUCCUUGCUAACAUGGGAGGGACAGUGGCUCAUAAAAUCAUGCAGAAGUAUGGUUUCAGAGAGGGCCAAGGGCUGGGAAAGCACGAACAAGGACUGAGCACAGCACUCUCUGUAGAGAAAACUAGCAAGAGGGGUGGCAAGAUCAUUGUUGGAGAUGCUACAGAGAAAGCAGAUGCAACCAAGAAAGCAGAUUCUAAUCCAUUGACUGAGAUACUGAAAUGCCCAACUAAAGUGGUCUUACUAAGGAAUAUGGUGGGUGCUGGUGAGGUGGAUGAAGAUCUGGAAGUUGAAACUAAGGAAGAAUGUGAAAAAUAUGGCAAGGUUGGGAAAUGUGUCAUCUUUGAGAUUCCUGGUGCCCCUGAUGAUGAAGCUGUAAGAAUAUUUUUGGAGUUUGAACGGGUUGAGUCUGCAAUUAAAGCUGUUGUGGAUCUAAAUGGAAGAUACUUUGGCGGCCGAGUGGUGAAGGCUUGUUUCUACAACCUGGACAAGUUCAGAGUACUGGAUCUGGCAGAGCAAGUUUGAUUUUAAAAAUCUAGCUCGAGGUGUCACUGUUUUGGCAAUCGUGUUUUCAGCAGUAGGCUGGGAAAAAAGAAGAGAAAGUAGCUUUCCUAGCAGACUGGAAACAAGCCUCAUUGAAUGGAUUUUUCGCAUUCGUUGUGACUUCAUUUUUUGUAAUAUAAAGCCCUUUGAAAUUAAGAUUCACGUCUGUGUGUUUUUGAAUUGCACAAUUCUGCUUAUUGCUCUGGGAAUCCUUGGUUUUUUGAACUUUUCAUCCAUGACUUCAUGAUUUUGAAAACCAACUGCUGAGGAAAUGCUUUGUCUGUAUUCCUGUUUUCCUUGUUCUGGUGCUUCUUCACAGUUUCCUGGUCAGCGUCCACAGUAAGUGGGAAGCUCUGGAAAAGGACUGUGUGCUAUUAUGCUUCUCUUUCCUGAUAUUUCUCUUGCUUGUCAGUCCUCCAUCUCUGCACACCAGAGUGAUCUGGGGUUGUUGGGCAGUUGGCAGGUAGUUUUUUUGUUGUUGUUGUUGUUUGUUGUUUUUUUUUUACUUCAGCACAAUAUUUUCUAUGCCAGAAUGGAGACUAAAGCAACAAGGAGUGAGUUUGUGUUUCUUCCCAAGUCCAAAGAAAACAGGUUUAAUAGAGGGAACUGAAAGGAGAAAGGAAAUUAAAAAGCUUAAGCAUUUGAAUCAGAAUGAGUGGACGGUUAGCAGAUGCUCUAUGCUGUCAGGCAGUCUUUGCUAGAAAGCCAGUGUUAACUGAUUGCAGGUAGUUAUUGAAAUACUGUGUAUAGAAUGGAGAGAAACUCAUUCUUUCACCUGGCCAGCUAUCAGAUUCUCAAUUCUUCUAAUGUAGGUAACUAACUUUUUAAUUGAUUGAUACCGAAGAAGAAAGCAAUGGAAGAAAAUUCUCAUAGAAAAAUGAAAUGACAAACUAAAUUUCUAAACACUGCAGCUCUUUUCAGUCUGAUGUAAAAUAGUAUGUAGCAUUCUGCUCUGGUUUCAUGUUCACCUUUUGUUUGGGAUCAGUAUGUGACAGAGGUGGCAAGAGAAGGCUGUGCAGUGAUGGUGGUUGUCUGUGUGCUCUGUUGCAUCUACAAUUGCCACUAAAAUUGUGUAGGUAUUAAAAUGGAAGGGAGCUUUGAUGGCAUUUUAGCUGUUCUAAAGCUGAUGCUGGAUGUAUUUUUCCUGUUAUACACAUGUACCUGGGGGAGGGGAUAUAGACCUGUAGUUGAUCAGUGCUGUGAGUAUCUCCAGUUAUUGCCUUUUUAUUAAGUUUUGGCUGCAGAUCCAUAUGACAAACCCUUCGUCUUGUUUCUCGCUUAUUUUGUCUGCUUGUGUUCCAACAACCUCUGUACAAACAUUUGCCUGUAAAAGAGAAAGCAAUUUUUUUUAAAAAAACUUGUAUUUUACCUACUGUGUGUCAGCUUCCUUACUGUCUCCUGUUACACAAGAAGGUGGUCACUUCUAUGGCACGUUUCCACUGUUGGCAGUGGCUGUAAUCCACCAUUAGGAUAACCUCACUGCAGCAAAAGUGAAGAACCAGCCUGACUAAUGCUGAAACCACAGGUCUUGGGGCCAUAACAGAAUUCAGAUUCUGUUAUUAUCUCUGUUAUUAGUUUUCUCUUUGACCUUGAGCAAUAUGCUUGAAAGCCCUUUCUACUAUGUAGUAAAAUGAAGAAAUUAUGCUAACAGCAAUUAGCAUAUAUUUGCUUACAAGAGUUAAAUAAUUUGUGUGUCAUGCUGCGGAAAGGUACCUGCUGGUAAUCCAUUUAUUGUGAUCUGAACUUAACUUGAAAUAGGAAUUGGCUUUUAUUUCAGCAAAUACUGCUGUUCUGAAUGAGUAGCUGUUUCCUGAGUACAGGCUUUUUCUUCUGUUUGCUGAGAAUUGUUUUAUUGGCAACCUCUGUGCCUUUUAGUUAUAAAGAUCAUCGUCAGUGUUUAAGGCCUAACACUUAGCUCUGUAAAUACAGAGAAAGGGGCUUUUUGGUUUUGUGAUCUGCAUAGGGGAGACACAAAUAUUCUGUAAAAAGUAUUUAUCUGUACCGUGGGGUCACUAAGACAGCUGACCUCCUCCUGAGGUGUUAGCAGAUGUACAUUGCCUUAGUUGCACCUCAAGCUUCGUUCCUUUGUAGCAAGUAAUUUUGCUGGGUGCAGCAGAGUUUAGUGAUGUUGGAGUGUGGUUUGUGAGCAGUUGGCCUCUAGGUGCUGCUGCAGGAAAUGACACAGAGGCUGACGUGGAAGCCUGAAAAGGGUCAAACGUAUCAUGGUCCUUAGUUUAAGGUCUUACAGGUGACUUGUAAGUUAAGGUAGUUAAUAGAAAAGUAUUCUCUUUUUUGAAAAUGCAUAUUCUUCCACUUAAUGUAUGUUUAUGUGAUGGCUCAGGCUUUGUCAGAUAAGACUGGUCCUUGCAUGCCUUUAAAAAAUGUAGUUUCUGAAUUCUCUACUUCCUACCUCCUCUGGAAACUGUUAUUACUGACUUUAGGUUCUCAAAUUCCCUUUCAUUUAACACUGACAGCUCUUCCUGCUUAUGAAUCCUUUUUUCCUUCCAUCAUUUGUCAGCACCCUGUCAAAAAGCUCCAGAACACUUGGAGUUCUGUUACACCUAUGAACUUUUACUUGCACUUGUUUCCUUGUCUUUUUGUACUUGAAGUUAGGCACCAACCUUUUUUUCUGUAAGGUAUAUUGUAAACAUAGCUUCAUAACUGUAAUCUAGAGCAGUAAUACUUUUCAUUUUGUGUGAAGCCUUAGAAAAUCAUGAUUACAGAAAAUUAAUAGAAUGGUGGCCUGUUACAUUUGCCUGAUUGGCAGUGCAGUAUUGGUUAUAUUACUUUAGUGAACAGGUUUGAUAUUUUUCAGUCCAGGUUUCCUAAAGUUAAACUUUCAUUCUGUGUUACCUUGUAAGGGCUUUGAUUCUCUGAGGUGCUGAAUUACUGAAUCCCCUCUCAGGCUAAGCACAAACUGUUCAUUACUUCCAAGAAUCUAGAUUAGAUGCCUACUUAAGGAAGAUUUGGCAGCAUCCUGAUGCUAGCAGCAAGCUGAGAGGGACAUUUAGGACAUGUCAGCCAGGAGCUGAACAAGAUGUCCGUAGUGUGUUAUCAACCCUGAAGUCUAAAGAACAGGGAUUUGCAUCGUGGCAGAACCAUUUGCUGCCUUUUUACUUUUCUAAAUUGUAACAGUGAUUGUUAUUUUAAAAGCAGGGAAGCAUUGACUUGAUGCCUUUGUCAUUUUUAGUGUUUAUAACCUCCAGGUUUCAUUCCUGAGUGGUAACAGCUAUUUCAGAGCCCAUCAUUAUGAACAUAGGUUACAACUGUAUUUUCUUAUGUGCACUGUUCUGUAUUUAGCCUAUGCUGAGUUUCAUCUGUCAGUUCAUCACUUGCCCACUUAGUGUCAGACUAAAGAAAUCUGAUGAGCCUUGUGCUCACAGGGAAUGUUAAGUUUUAAAUUACUGUUGUCAAAAUGUAAGCUUGAUGUGCUAAUAUUAUAUGAAGGAUGAGAGUUGUUGCCUCAAAAUGUUAUCUAAACAGCUGUGCAAAGAAGGGGGGAGACAGCUAAAACGUGUCUUGCCCAAGGUCAUGCAAAAGGUUGGUUGCAGAGCUGAGAUUAUACCCUUCAGCCAUAUAUUUGCAACUAUGCAACUAAAACCAAAAUUCCUCCUGGAGGAGUUGCUUUUUAUUUAAAGGCAGAAAAUGGUAAGUGCUCUUAGCCUUAAACUUAGUCAGACUUUACAAUGACCUUUUUCCUUAAUUACCCAUCAUUCAUCAAAAUAAUACACUUUGUACUUCUGAAGCUCUUUCCUGUGAGACAGAACUGUGAUGUAGUAAAAUAGUAAGCAGUUGAUUUUAUAGAGAAGGAAAUUGAGAUAAGCCAUGCAGCAGCAACAGGAAUGUCAACCACAGGAGCAAGAGGCUGAAAUUUCAGGUCCGGCUCAAUCAGCUUGAAGUUGUCAAUUCUGCUCAAUCAGCUUGAAGUUGUUAAUUCUACAGGUGAUUCUGCUUCCAUGCUGUGUUGAUCCACGCACAGGUAAGUUGCAGCUUACCUCGUGUUGCAAAUUACAUUUUUUAGAUGGUAAAAUAAUAUUGCUUCUUCCAUUUCUGCCAGCAGAUGCAGCAAUAGGAAUAUAGCACUUAAAAUAGGUUCUUUUUUAUUAUUAUUUGCUUUUUCUUUUUCCCAGUUUGAGAUGUACCAAUGAAGAGGCAUGGCCAGAUAGAGUUGGUAGUGAAAAGUGAUACGCCACCAAGAUCCAGGAAGUGCUUAGAUUUCUUUUCUGGAUUUCAUGGGAAAUCAAUGUUACUGGACUAUCAGUGCAAGUCCUUCAGUGCCCUUAAUUUCACAGAAUUGUAGAGUGACUGAGGUUGGCAGGGACCUCUGGGUCCGUCUGGUUCAACCUCUGCUUAAAUAGGGCACUCCCAGAGCAGAGUGCCCUGAACCAUCUCUAAGCAGCUUUCGAAGGUCUGCAAGGGGUGGGGCUACAACCAUUCUGGGUGCUUUGUCACCCAUACAGCAUAGAAAGUGCUUCCUGAUGUUCAAAGAAUCCCCUGUGCUCUGAUUUGUGUUCACUGCUUCUUGUCCUAGAGCAGGGCACCACCGACAAGAGCAUAUCCCCAUCCUUCAGCAUUCCCUUCAAGUAUUUGUAGGCAGUGAUGCGAUUCUCCCUGGGCCUUCUGUUCUCUAUGCUGACCAGUCCCAGCUCUUUCAGCCUUUCUUCAUAGGAGAACUAUUUCAGUCUUUAUCUUCACAGUUCCUUAUUGGAUACUCUCCAGUAUGUCCAUCCUGGACUGUACUGGGGAGUCCAGAACUGGACCCAGUAUUCGAGGCUCUUCUGAGUAAACCACAUGUGACCACCUGCUGGUCACACUCCUUAUGCAGCCCAGCGUAACUUUAGCCAUCAAUGACACACUGAGAAUCCUAGGGAAGAUGAUUUCAAAGGCCUUCCUGAAGUCCUGGUAGACAAUGUCCACUGCUCUCCUCUUGUCCACUAUGCCACUUUACCAUACAAGUUAAUUAGUUGGUCAAGCGUACUUUCCCUUGGCAACAUCAUGCUGAAUGCUGCUGAUGAUUUUCUUGUUGCUCAUACACCUGCAAUUUUUUUCUACAAUUUGCUGCUCCAGAAUCUUAGAUAUAAAUGAAAAUUCUCUAAAGAAUUUUGGAAAAGAGUAAGAGCAUCCAUACAGCUGAGGGCUGCUUUCAGACGUAUCUAGUGUUGAUAACAUUUUCCUGAAUGUAAUUUUGCUGCUUUCCCUAAUAAAUCAAGAGCUCCUUACAAUUGCAGAGAACCAAUCAUGUUGAUUACAAGCACCCUCUGUCCCAAUAACUGCAGUGCUGUGUGAUAAUGAUGGGACUCUUAAGAAUUCAUACCUUUAAGUGAUGACACUUGUCCUUAGAAGAGGAAUAGCGAUUUGAUUGCAUUAGCACUGCACUCAGUUUGUUAAUUUGCUGCCAGCAAAGAAAUGAGAAUUUACAGUCCCUUAGGAACUACUUUGAAAACUCUCAUGUUUCUUCAGGCUGUGUCUACGUUUUUUAAUCUGCUUUUGCAUAUAGGAGGAGACCCUUCAGGAGAUGCAGGCACCGUGACGAGUUGUACCACUGCUUCUAUUUCCACCCACUGGCCAACCUCCGACUCCUGUUUGGUGGCAGUCUGUAUCUGAGCUGGGGCUUUUCCCCUUUGCUAGAGGAAAGAACUGAGCUUUUGUGAAAUGUUGGAUCUGUCAGCCAGGAGACAAUGUCUUUGUCUUUCUGCUGUGCUGAACUGUGGAAGAGAGGUUUUUCAAAUAUGAGUUGGAGAAUAACUCUGAGCUUCAGAACUUUAUGUGUCCUACAGGCAAGACUUCCAUUAAAUGACUUCUCUCUUGCAAUCUGAUGUUUUUCACUCAGGGUGGUGACGCACUGGAACAGGUUGUCCAACGAGGUUGUGGAUGCUUCAUCCCUGGAGGCAUUCAAGGCCAGGCUGGAUGUGGCUCUGGGCAGCCUGGUCUGGUGGUUGACAACUCUGCACAUAGCAGGGGGGUUGAAACUAGGUGAUCAUUGUGGUCCUUUUCAACCCAGGCCAUUCUAUGAUUCUAUGAAGACUUCAUUCUAAUUGCAGUUUGGGUUAUGUGAAUGGUUGUUGUUUUUCUCACUGCUUCAGGGCCUGUCCUCUGUGACUCACAUGCUGCCCUCUCCUUGGAAAACUUGCGUGAACCUUCAGAAAUGGGAAGGCUUUGAGAUGAGUUACUGGACUAAAGCCAUCAAUAGGAAGGCACUGAUGAGGAGCAGGUAUUGAGUAUUCAACUUCAUGAGUAAACAGGUCAAAUUGCUUACUCCUAGUUGUAUUUCAUCCAUUUUCUUCUGUUAGAAAUACUGCUUACUGCUAUUCUGGUCACUCCAGCAGCCAGCUUUAUGUCACCAGCAUACUUUCCUAAAGACUGAGAUUUUGGUUCUAGCUCAACACAUGGACCUCAGAACAAAUAGGUGACGUGAUCGAUCUCUCUCUUUCCCUCACAGCACGUUGCUGUAAGUAGAAAGGAGACACAACACACAAAAUCAGACUGACCCUUGCAGCUGUAACCAAAAACAAAACAAAACAACCUAGAAAAACAGUCUCUGCAGAAUAUUGUUUGCACAGCACAAGUAACAUCUGAUCACUGGUUGUUACAGGACUUCUGCACAGCCCAGCUGAAGAUGGGCAGGCAGCUCCUGGAAGGACACAAUGCCCUUCCUUUUUCUGAAUGCUGGCUUACUGUGGUGCUCAUGAGAAAUAACUGAAGCUGAGAAGGGGGGGUAGCACUGGUGCUUGGAGUAAUGAAUGAGAUGCAUAUGUGGAUGUUUUGAGGUGCUGUGAAGACUGGUCUGUGAGAGAGGAGGCAAAUCUCAAGGGAAGUCUCAUAUCUGUGCCUGUUAUGCAUUUGCACAGUGAGUUUGAAAAUGAAACUUUACCUCUGAGAACUGCAGAAUUUUUCAAUGUUGCAAGAAUUGGCUGACUGGCUUAUAAUGUUAGCCAGCUCCAGAGCAUAGAAGCCUUAACUCCUGUGCAGCUCCAUGCUUUCUCAUCAGUAUUUAUGCCUUGUGUCAGGAGCAACAAAUGGGAAGCUGCUCCUUUCUGCUCCUCACCAAAGGACCCAUGAACUCUGAAACAUUCUUGAAAUGACUGCUCACAUUGGUACGACUGCCUUUCUCUUUCUACAAGCCAGCAGGUAUAUGUGCUGUAUGCCUUCAAUAUGCAGGGUGAUUUUACAUGCUCUUUAUUGCUACAAGUCUAGUGUUACUUGAGUUGCAAACCAAAUUAGUGGUAAGGAGGAGAAGAUGGAAAGUCUGCAGGGCUUCUAACUGCUGGAGAAGGUUGCACAAACCUACCAUUUCCACUUCUUCAUUCCUCAGGAGAGAGACAUGGGUAUGCCAGACAUGGGGUGGGAAAUGGGCACUGAGGAAGAUCAGAGCAGGUGAGACCCAAGGAAAACAAAGCAGUUAAUUGGAGAAGGGAUAGCAUGCACACCUGUGCAGAUUUCUCCUCUCUUAUCUUCUUUCUCCAGUUUCUGCAUCACACAAGUAUUUAUAGUGUUUCUUCUUAAGUAACGGUAAGUAGGUUAAUCCCAAAGCACAAGACUUGGUUCCCUGUUCCUAUUGUGUUAGUUUAGGAAUGCAAGAGUUCAGCUGUACAUCUGCUGCUGGUCACAAUGCAGCAUUAAUGCACCCUAACCCUGAUAGGUGGGGGACUGAAGCUGUGCUCCCCUUCAGCUGUGCUCCCUGUGCAGGACCCUGCUUUGGCAGGCAUGAAGGCUGGUGCUCCCCUACAUCUUCUAGCAAGUGUAGCAUCUCCAGUACUAAAUUUUGUUUACAACAUAAACCAGAUAAAAGCAGGUGCCAGAGACUUUGCAACGGUGUUUGAAGUUUGCAUGUGCUUCACUGGCUGAUAAAACACAAGAGAACCUCAGUGAUAAAGAAAACAAGGCAUUUCACAGGAAGACAACUAGCCCUUCUCUUCUACCUCUUCUUUCUCCUGUAGGAAGAAUGUGAUUUUCCCAAAGCAGUUUUUAAGCAUCUUACCAUCUUACAGCCUUUUUGUUAUUUUUAUUCUUUCAGUCUCUAAGGUGUGAUCUCCUGCCUCCAUCUGAGACAGCUCAGGAAUCCAUAUGGUCCUGCCAAGGCAAAGGUCUUCAGCUCCUCACAGAUCUCUCCACCUCUUGCUGCGGGCAGAAAGCUGGGUAAUGUUUUUGGACUUUGCUGCUUCAAACUUGUAAAACUUGUAUAGCAACUGUGAACCAAAACUCAAGUGAUACUCUAGCAAAACAAGCCUCUGCUCCUCCAGCAUUCUCUUGUGAGGAUGGGAAGGAAAAAUUGAUGGGUUUUGAGUUGUUUGAGGCACUUCAGGAGAACGCUGGAGUUAUGCAAUUGUAGUGGUGCAUUCUCUUCACUGGGAGAGGAUGUGAGUUGGAAUAGAUCCCAGUGGCUCCUCUUCCCUCUUUGUCUGUGUAUGAGGCACAUAAGGACCUUGAUAGGAAAAUGGAAAUGAAAUGCACUCAAACCAGGAUUCAGGUAUUUGCUUCAAACGUAAACGUAAAGAGGAACAUGCAGCCCAGCUACCUACAGUGCACCAGUUAAAGCUCUGCAUAUCAUACCACAUAGCACAACACAGCUGGUUUUGCAAAUGAAGUCCCCGGAGCAUCACAUUCACCUGCAAAGGCUCAGCUCUUCAGAGGAUGUCAGGAAUUAAGGAUUAAUAAGGAAGAAAAAAAAAAUUAAGUCCUGAAAAUAUGGCCAUCUAUCACGGUGCUACUCAUGUAUUUUCUUUGUCACUUUGCUUUGCCAAAGUGUUUUGCUUAGUUUUAUUUCUAUGAAACAGUUUACUUUAUUUGUGGACAAAGCCUGAUAGUCUUUCCUCCAGCACUUUUCAGUCAAAGCUCAAGAAACAUUGAAUAAAAACACAAGAAGAACGAGGUUGUUAUCAUUUCUUGUAUUAUGAGCACUGUGA